GUCAAAUUGCAAAAUGGCGAAGUCGACUGAUUGGAAGAAAAAUAUAUCACAGAGUUUGAAAUUACGAAAUAAAAAAGAGCGACAUGAAUUCGCAGAUUUAAUUGAAUCACAAAAUAAGUUGUUUGAGCAAGUGGCCUCUCUCAAGACCAGGAAUAUGCAGCUCACCAUUGAGACAGAGAGACUCAAGUCAGACAAUCUCAGCUUGCAGAUACGAGCAGACAGUGGUGGAGGAGGAGGGGGCCCUGGUGGCAGUGAGAAAGUGGCACUCCUGGAGCAGAGACUCUGGAAACUAAGCGAGGAGCUGACAGAGAUGCACAGGCGAAGAGGGGAGAAUGCUCAACAAAUCAUAGACCUAACUGCUGCCAUGAAAGAAAAAGAGAAAGAACUUCAAACAAAAGAUGCCAAGCUGAUGGAUUCUUUGGCUGUAGAGAACAGUCUACGAGCAGAGAUGAAACAUUUGGAGAGAACCAUUACAGAGUUGGAGGCUACAAACCAGACCCUUAAAGAUGAACACCAGGCACUACAAAUGGCGUUUACAUCCCUUGAGGAGAAAUUUCGCAAACUCCAGAGUGACAAUGAUGAACUUAUGGCGCGAUGGCUUCAACAAAAGAUGGAACAGGCCGAAGUUUUAAAUCGUGAAAAUGACAACUUUAUAAAACACAGACAAUUACUUCUACAAAAGGAAUUGGCCGAGGCAGCUAAAGAAAAUGUGAAUGUCCCUGAAGGAGAUGAGAACAUAAGGGGGAUUCCACAGAUCUGCCUUAGUGCUUCCAUACCUACAAAAGCUCAAUGCAAACUGGACGCCCACGACGGUGAAGUAAACGCCGUAUUGUGGAGUCCAACAGGCAGCAUGUUUGCCACCGGCGGCUCCGACAGAAAAAUUAAACUUUGGGACUACAAUGCUGGUCAGUGUUCAUGUAAAGGCAUGUUGACGGGCAGUAACGCAGGUAUUACUAGUCUUGAAUAUGACCUUGAUGAGAGCCAUAUACUCGGAGCGUCAAACGAUUACGCGUGUAGGCUUUGGUCAAUUGCAGACCAGAGAUUGCGGCACACUUUGACGGGCCAUAGUGGGAAAGUUUUGUCAGCAAAAUUCCUCGGAGAAAAUAGCAAGGUUGUGUCGGGCAGCCAUGACAGGACACUCAAAAUAUGGGACCUCCAUACUAAAGCAUGUAUUAAAACCAUAUUUGCCGGGUCAAGUUGCAAUGAUUUAGUCACGCUACAUGGGACGCACAUAAUCAGCGGCCAUUUUGACAAGCGUGUACGGUUCUGGGACACAAAAUCAGAUAACACGAGCAACGAGAUAGGACUUCAUGGCAGAAUUACCUCCCUUGCUUUGUCACCGGACCGCACAUCAUUAUUAGUUUGUACACGAGAAGACACCUUAAAAGUGAUAGAUUUACGCCAAAAUCAAGUUAUUUAUACUCUAUGUGAUGACAAUUUCAAAGUGGGCUACGACUGGUCACGUGCGGUGUUCAGCCCGGAUGGCACGUACGCGUGUGCAGGGUCCAGUGACGGGACGCUCUUCAUCUGGAACAUCGCACGAGGCAAGGUGGAGAAAACUCUUAAGGAACAUACGCACUCAAUCCUGGCCUGUUCCUGGCAUCCAGCUGGCUCGUACAUUCUCAGUUCCGAGAAACAGAAGAAAGUUGUUCUAUGGUCAGACAUCUAGCCAGGACUCUUCUGAUCUCAUACACAAAUGGACUCAGCUUUAAGUCUCACAUUUCAUGGGUUUGGAACACAUUUGUGCACCACAAUAAAGCUUUUUAAAAUUACAUCACUUAGUGAUUUUAAUAAAAAGUAUUUUAUUCAAUUAAUUAAGGAUGACUAUAAAAUCAAGCAUUCUUUCAUCAAUAUAAUAUGUUUUUAGAUUGAAAGUCCUUUCUGAUUAAGAAUGGCCACAUGUUUUAUGGAAAUAUAUCUUGCCAAAUUAUUGAAGGUAUAUGAUUAACAAUUAUGUGAUAUUUGGAUGCUUGGUGACCCCAUAUUAACCCUUUGCAUGCUGGGUAAAUUGUCGUCUGCUCAAAAAUGUCGUCUGGUUUAUUCUAAAUUUCUUUCAAUUUACUUAAAACUUUGUGGAUAUAUUGACUGAGUGGCAAACAGCUUGGAACCUGACCAGGCGCUGAGUUACUCGGCGUCUGGUCUGGUUCCAAGCUGUUUGCAAAGCCUUUAAAAUCGCCAUCAGCAGCCUAAGGGUUAAUUUGGUUUUGUUUGAAAGGGAUUUAUAUGCAGAUAAAGAAUAUACCUAAAAUAGAUGCAUACAUGAAUCUCCUUUGCAGAAGAGAUUGACAAGACAGGUUUAUUAGUUUAAACUUUAUUUAGGCCUAAAAAAAACCUGACCGUACCUUUAAAAAUGUGCCGACCCUAACUAUUUUUUUCCGUUUCUGAGCAAAAAAAUAAUUUGUUAGCGAAUAGAGAGUUACAAAGGGCGGAUAAAUGCAGGUUUUAAUCAGAAUUAUUGUUUAUAUGAUAAAACAAAGUCAGGUAAUGACAGUAAUGUAGGAAAGACUUCCAUGUGCAAGAAAACACUCUGAACUUACGACAGAUUUUGAAAAAAAAAAUUAAAAAAUCCCUACCUACCCUACCUAGAAAUUUUGGGAAGGUUACCCUAAACAAACAUUAUUUUUUUUUUGGCCUUAUUUGAUUAUAAUACAAACAUUCAUACGUUAUUUGUAUAGAAAUGAAUUACAUCACAUUGUGUUUGAGGAUUAGAAAAGACAGAUAAAUUGGCCUUGAACGAUUUUGACAUGAAUCAAUUCACUUCCAAUUUCAGUUUGUUUUUCAUUAAACAUUUAUUUAAACAUUAUAUUUUUUACAACAAUUGUCUAGAAAGUUCUGAUAACUUAUACUAAAUCACUCUUAUUGGCAAGAUGUUGUGCAAGAGUGUGGUCUUGUGUUGUGGGGGAAACCGGAGCACCCGGAGAAAACCCAUUUGAUAGAUAAAGCAUUUACCUGUAAAUUGAUACUGAAAUUAUAUGGGGUCAAAAGGCAUCUAUAUUUAACAUUAUUGUAACCAUUUCAUUUUUGGUAAGAUUGAAUUAAUCUUGAUAGUGUUGUCAAAUAUUACUCAGCAAAGUUUUGUGUACAAUGUAAUCUGUUUGGUAAUAGAUAUUCCAUAUUGGACCUUAUUUCAAGACAAAUUACAAAUUUGAAAAUUAUUUCACAUGAUACUACAUGUAGUUGUCAUAUUGGCUAGCAUUUUAAGGUUUUGUGAUUUAAAUGAUAUUUUUACUGAAGAUACGCAAGUUUUCCAAGUGCUCGAUAUAAUUAUGUAUGAAAAAGGCUUGAAAAGGGUUCUUUCCUCAUUUUCACUGCCGUCUGGGGCCUGUGCUCAAGACUCAAGAUUCAAAACUGUAUAUUUUAAUUUUGUUGUAAAUCGGCUUUUAUUAGAUCAAUAACGGUCAAAAAGCCGUAUCUGUUCCAAAAGACCUGUUCAACAUUGACCACACAUCUUUUGUCAAAAAUAGUUAUAUUAAAGAUAUUUCGAAACAUUCAAGAAUUCACUUCUCCAGAUAUUGGGAAUUUUGGCCCUGUUCAAUUACAUGACAUUCAUGUUGAUGUGUUCAUUGAAAUGUAUUACAAUGUGUGCUAUUUUCUAUCCUAUAUAUUUUUUCUCCAAGGCUUUUUCAUGUUGCUAAUUUUUAUACGGAAUGUAUUGACUCAUGAGGGUUUUGAGGGUAAGAUUUAGUGAUCUUCAUCACUGAUUGACAUUGAAAUUUAGCUCUUCUGGUUAUCAAUGUAAAAAGUAGAGUUUUUGUCAUAGCCUAGGUGUUGUCUGCGUCAUCUUCUGUAUCAUCAUCUGUGGUAUCAUCUGCAUCUCCAUCUGUGGCAUCUUCUAUGUCAACGUCUUUGUCAUUGUCAGUGACAUCAUCUGUAAAAUCGUCUGUGUCAUUGUCAGUGACAUCAUCUGUAACAUCGUCUGUGUCAUUGUCAGUGACAUCAUCUGUUACAUCGUCUGUGUCAUUGUCUGUGUCAUCUUCUGUUACAUCAUCUGUGACAACCUCUGUGACAUCGUCUGUUACAUCAUCUGUGUCAUUGUCUGUGUCAUCUUCUGUGACAUCGUCUGUUUCAUCGUCUGUUUCAUUGUCUAUGUCAUGGUCUGUGACAACCUCUGUGACAUCAUCUGUGUCAUCAUCUAUGUCAUGGUCUGAGACAUUGUCUGUAUUGUUGUCAGUGUCGUUGUCUGUUUCAUUAUUGUCAUAGAACAAAACUUGAACCUUUGCCAUAACACAAAACCUUUUAUUGACAAUAUGCAUGCAACCUGAUAACUGUGGCAUUAAUUAUUGCUAAGUUAUGCCCCUUGAUAUUUAGAAUAAUAAAGCAAAAUAUUAUACAAAUCCAUUAUAACCUUUCAAAAUCAAUACAUGAAACUUUUACAUGCUAUAUUACCAGUGACAGUGUAUGUAAACAAGGCCCAUAACUCUGACUUGAAUAAUUGUUGAGUUAUUUCCCUUUUUCGGUCGACUGUCCACUAAUGCCCUUUAUUUGAAUGAUUUCAAAAACAGAGGAGCGUUUGCUUGUGGCUCUCUUGUUAAAUUAUGCUGUUGUGACCACCAUAUUUUGUUGACAUGUAUUAUUGUUGUUUUUUCCUUCAGAAAUUGCAUAUUUUUUACUUUGUAAGACAUGGAUUAGACACAAAGUUUUAAAGGUUGAAAUGAAUAUUUUCGGCAUCUGUAAAAGUUAUGUUAUUGUAUAUUUGUUUUUUAAUUUUCUUACAAGUGUUUUAGAUGAUCACUACCAGGUGGCAGGGUGAAUUAGCCCCUUUGACCCCCAUUAGGGGUCUAAAGCACCAUCCAAACCUAUCACCAAAAUUGUUUCAGCCCUUCAGCUGUCUGGUUAUCACAUCUCUGAAAUUCUGACUGCUUUUUUAUUUGAUGUGGCUAAGAACCUAUUUUCUCCCACCCAAGAUAAGUUGAUCAAAAUAUUUGGCCAUGCUCGAAAGCCUUAUCUUGCCCUUGGGCAAAAAUAAAAAAGUGCCUGUAUGGAUUUACUUUUAUUUUUUAAACAAUGGACACGAAAAUAAUAUUACUAUAUCUCAACUAUAUUUUGUUUAACUUGGGUUGGAAAUAAAAGCAUCUACCAUGGCCCCUUGUGUAUGAUUGGUUCAUCCCAACCCUCGUGCAGAGUAUUCUGCGGAAACGAGGUUUCAGUAAACCUCGUUUCCGCAAAAAGACCUUACGCUCAGGUUGGGAUGUUCUUAUCUUCAACUCUUGGCCAUGGAAGAUUCUUAACUCAUAACCCCUCAGACUGUCUAAAUGCUGAAGUGUUUUGCUCAUUAUUUUUAAUUCAUUUUAAAAAUCUACAACAAAUGGUUCCACUUGGUGUAUAGCUUUAAUCCAUACAUAAUUCAUAUCAUAAAUAAUAUUAUGCUCUUGAGUUAAUUUUUUAAGGAUUUAAGGUUGUUUGUAUGUAAUUACACAAAAAAUUUGAUUUGAUGCGAUGCAACCUUUAACUUUUUUAGUGGUCUACAUUUUGUUAUGUAAACUUCCUUCUAAAUGGACCUGCCUCUGUUUAUAUAUUUCACUAAAUCAAUAAUGUCUGACUGCUGAUCAACAGAAAUAAAUGUAUUUGAAAACUUGAAAUAUACUGCCUUUUCAUUUGACAAAAGAAUAUGUUGACCACUAAUUAUUUAAAAUGAUUCCACCAUAUAGUCCUGUACAAAACAUUUUGCCAACUUUGGCCAAUCAUAAUUUGGCUGGGUUUUCAGUUUGCAACUGGAUUUGCAUAAAAAUCAUGAAAAAAAAAACGACAUUAAUACUUUAAACGACAUCAAUACUUUAAAAAUAGAUCUUAUUACUUCAUGGAAAUAUUGAUUUGAAAAGAGAUCAUAUGAAUUACCAUUGUUGGCAAAAUAGGCACAUUAGCUUACAAUUAUGGAGAAAACAUUGCAUAUUUUUUUGAUAUUCAAUCUAUUCUAUGAAUUGAAAUAUAACUGUAUAUUAUGUCUCGAUAAACUCACUUUUUGAAAAAGUGUGUUUAUCGAAAUAUAUAUAUUUUUUUUUUUUAUUAAACCAUUUUGUUGUAAAAAUGGUAAAAUAAGCACUUACGAUGCUGGGAAGAAAAUGCAAUGGCGUCAUUUCACUUUCUUUCUGGUAUGACAUCAUUUCCCUUUCUUUCUGGUAUGACAUCAUUUCACUUUGUUUCCGGUAUGACAUCAUUUCACUUUGUUUCCGGUAUGACAUCAUUUCACUUUGUUUCUGGUAUGACAUCAUUUCACUUUGUUUCCGGUAAGACAUCAUUUCACUUUGUUUCCGGUAUGAAAUCAUUUGGUUGGUGUUUCGCACAGUUUUCCUAUUUAAUAUCCAUUAAAUUCCUUUCGUUGCAUUAUAUGCAUGAAAUGAGAAGAAAAGUUAAAUGCAUGAAAAAAAGAAAUGCAAAAUUGUUUGUUUCAAUGUAAGAAUUGCAAUAUAUCACUUUGUGAACACCAAAAGAAAAUGUUUUACCCGUGACAAAGCCAUUUGUGAAAUAUUUCUUUUGUUACUCACUCAGUGAAAUACACUGCAUUUCUCAAACUGAAUCCAACAAACAUUAAAAUUCAGUGUUCAUUGUUUAUACCGUUGUCAUGGCAAUGCAACAUUAUUACAAACAAACAUUAAAAUUCAGUGUGCAUUGUUUAAACCGUUGUCAUGGUAAUGCAACAUUAUUACAAAUAAACAUUAAAAUUCAGUGUGUAUUGUUUAUACCGUUGUCAUGGCAAUGCAACAUUAUUACAAACAAACAUUAAAAUUCAGUGUGCAUUGUUUAAACCGUUGUCAUGGCAAUGCAACAUUAUUACAAAAAAACAUUAAAAUUCAGUGUGCAUUGUAUAAACCAUUCUCAUGGCAAUAUAACAUUAUUACAAAGAAACAUUAAAAAUCAGUGUGCAUUGUUUAAACCGUUGUCAUGGCAAUGCAUCAUACAUUCACUAUUACUAACAAACAUAAAAUUAUCUUGAAAUAAAGAAGUCUUGAGAAAUCUUUUAUAAAACAUUGUAGCUCAUGGUACAAUAGUACAAUUUUGAAUAAUUAAAUUCAUUAAUUUCAUCAUCAAAACUCGUAACAAUGAAAUUAAGCUUUUGCCAUUUGAGUAUGAACCUAGACUGGGGCAGUGACUUCAAACAGUCAGAGUGUGGAAUCAGACUCAGAAAAAAUGCUUUUUUCAAAUUACAAAGAGUCAUCUUCUUUUUUUGGAAGGUUUUACAAACUUUGAUGUACAUUAGAUCAUUGUUAAAAUUCAAAUAUUAAUAGAGUUCAUCAAAUUCCAUCAUCCUAACUUUGAACAAUGAACAACUGCAGUUGUGUAACUUAAGUCUUAAGUCACACUUGAGACCGUUCAUAAUCAUGGGGCAGUGGCUACUAACGGUCUAAAGUCUAAGUCAGACCUCAGACUCAGAAAAGCACCCCAAUUAAAUAGAGAAUCUUCUUUUAGGCUAGUUUUACAAGAAUAAGUGUUAAUAAUAGUUAAUUUCAAAUAGAAAUAAAAAUUCACAAAAUUUCAUCAUAAAAACUCAACUAAAAGGGAAGUUGCAAUGAAGAGAAGAUUUGCAGUUUUAAGACUUGAGUCUGAACUUAAAACUUGAGUCUGUUCGUAAUCAUGGCCCUGAUAUAUCUUUUUUGAUUAUUGAUUUGAAAUAGCCCUGAACAUUUUGACACAAGACUUCAGUUAAAAUCUUAAUGGAAUUUCAAAAUUUGUGAGACAAUAUUCAUUUGUAAAAUUUAAUGAACUCCUUAUACAUGUAACACCAAAAAUGACGUGUUUUUAACUCUUGCAAAGUAUUAAUUGUACCUCAAGACUUAUAUAAAGCGUUUUAAUGUUUUUCUCCCCACUAACUUUGGAAUUCCUGGGGAAAUUCAGGUCCCUUACAUUUGUAUUGCUUGUAAAUAUUCCCACUUCUUUCACUUGUAAAAGUUUUCAUAAUUUAAUGAACCAGCUUAAAGCUGCACUCUCACAGAUAUACCAUUUUUACAACUUUUUUUUUAAUUUUUGUCUUGGAAAGAGCAAUCUUUGCAUAAAUAUCUGCAAACCAAUGAUAUAAGACUGUUGACAAAAAAUCAGAUGGCAGAUUUUCAUAUUUCCAUUCGAAAUUUAUUUUCUAUGGCUUAAACACGGUUUAAGAAAAAUGCAUAAGACAUCAAUUUUUGAAAUAAAAUAUAAAAAUCUACGAUCUAAUUUUUUUUCAGCAGUCUUAUAUAACUAGUUUCCAUGAAUUUUCGCCAAAUUUGGCUGGUUCCAAGACAAGACAAUAAAUAAAAAAGUUGUCAAAACGUUCAAUCUGUUAGAGUGCAGCUUUAAAGCAAAGUUAUAUUGCUUUUCAAAGCAAUAUUCAUCAAGAAGAUGGUCUGGUAUGCUAAUAGGUGAAAUUGAUGUUGUUAAAGAUUUUUUAUCUGUUGAUUAUAAUGUUGUUUUAGAUUAUAUUAAAUCAUGUAAAUAUCUUGUUCUAGCAUUUCUUUCUUGCUCUAAUGUUUGUCUAUUUUGUUAUUUUCUGUGAUAAUAUAACUAUUAUGAUUAUACUGUAUCGAUGAGAGAUGAAUAAAAUGCAUAAUAAUCAGUUCUUUGUUUUAUUCUAUUGAGAAGAACAUUUAAAGCCGUAAAGCUUCACUCUCACAGAUUGACCGUUUCGAACUAUUCGAAGAAUAAGAAGAGCUAUACUACUCACCCUAGCUUCAGCGUCCGCGUCGGCGUCACACCUUGGUUAACGUUUUGCAUGUAAGCGCCUUUAAGUCAUUAUCUCAGUAAAUACAUCAUUUAUUGCAUUGGAACUUUGGAUUUCUAUUCCCAACU